AUGUCUGCACGCGCACUCACCCGCUCCGCUCUCAGACCCUCCAGCCCGCUCUCUCCUUCCUCUCUUCGUCGCGCACCGCGCCCCUGCACACCCAGGACGUACGCGACAGAGGCACACCCACGCCCAGUGCCCAAGCCCUCCAAGUUCGGCCAGCCGACAUUCCAGAGCCACCCGCACCUCCUGAGGAGCCAUGAGCUGACACCGGGCAUACCGGCGUCGGAGUACGAGCGGAGACGACGCAAGCUGAUGGACGGCCUGCCCGACGGGAGCCUGGUAGUCUCCGUGUCCGCGCAAGUCAAAUACAUGAGCGGAGCGAUCUUCUACAAGUUCCGCCAGGCGUCCGACUUCUGGUACUUGACAGGCUUCGAAGAGCCCGACUCCGCCGUCGUCCUCAAGAAAGACAGCAGCGCGCGGGGGUACACAAUGACCCUCUACAGCCUCGGCUACGACGCCCACAAAGCGCAGUGGGACGGCACCCGCACGGACUUCUCCUCCAUCGUCGACCUCUUCGGCGCCGACGACGCGCGCCACACGCAGAACCUCGCCGCCGACCUCAAGAGCCACCUCCUCUCCGCCUCCACCGCAUACGUCGACCUCCCCUCGUCCGCCUCGAAGCGCCCCGCCCGCGGCUCGUACAAGUUGCUCAUGAAGUACCUCUCCGGGAGCGAGGCCCCGCGCGGCGUCUACGAGACCAUCCUCGACGGGCUGACCGCGCCCAAGUGCAAGCCGCUCGCUCCGCUCGUCAGGGCCCUGCGGGGUAUCAAAAGCGAGUACGAAGUGGAGGUCAUGCGCCGCGCGGCCGAGAUCAGUGGCAAGGCCCAUGCGAAGACUAUGCGCCUUGCAGAACCAGGCGUGUCCGAAUCUCACCUCGCCGCCCACUUCGAGUACCUGUGCGCGCGCAGCGGGUCUCAGCGCCCGGCCUACGUGCCUGUCGUCGCAUCCGGUGAAAACGCGCUGAUCAUACAUUACACGCACAAUGACCACCUUCUACGAGAAGGUGAACUCGUGCUGGUCGAUGCUGGCUGCGAAUACAACGGCUAUGCGUCUGACAUAACCCGCACAUUCCCGGCCUCCGGCACCUUCACCCCUCCACAGCGCGACCUCUACGCCGCCCUGCUCUCCGCCCAAAAAUCCCUCGUCGCGCUCUGCACGGCCGCGCACGGGCACUCCCUCGACGACCUUCACCGCCAGUCCGUGAGCACGCUGCGCAAGGAGCUGCAGCAGAUCGGCUUCGACCUCUCCAUGCGCAGCGGGCUGCUCGAGCGCGUGCUCUACCCGCAUUACCUGUCCCACCCCAUCGGCAUCGAUCUGCACGAGUCGGACACUUUCCAUAGGAGCGAACCGCUGAAGGAGGGGAUGGUCAUCACCAUCGAGCCCGGCGUGUACGUCCCUUCUGAUCCCGCAUACCCCAAACACUUCCACGGCCUUGGAAUCCGCAUCGAGGACCAGGUCCUCAUCGGCAAGAACGACCCGGUCGUCUUGAGCGUUGCGGCCCCCAAGGAGAUCGCGGACGUCGAAGGUUCAUGUCAAGGAGUCUUGGGCCUUGAGCCAUUUUAAGGACGUCGAUAUUUGAGAUAAUUAAUCUGAUGCAUGAUUUACGCGC